AUGGGCAAGAACGAACCUACUCCCGCUGCGGCACCGCUGGCCGUGCCCGUGCCAAGCAAGGCACUGGACGGCGCGAUCGCACCGCCAUCAUCUGCUUCUUCCAACGACGAUCUCUCGUACAUCGUCGACAUGGAGGUCAAGGAGUCCAAGCUUUUUCUCGCCACGUGGACCACGCGGCAGAUUGCGCUGACGACCCAGACGCUCGAG